CCUUUAGGAACAAACGACUUUAUGGUACUUCUGUACCGAGUUCGCUUCCAUACCAAGUGAAGUUUUGAUGCCAGUCUUGAGUCUGAAAAGGAAAGAGCUCGCCGCGCAGAACCGAUCUGGAUGCUUUCCACGACCUUUACGCGAAACUUGGACGCGUGGGAACUUGGAGCGACAAACCAUAACGCAAGAAUUUCACCCCAAAAAUUGACAUUCCUGCAGAUAAACCUUUUACUCGUCGAGCUGCUGGUAUAAACCAAGAAUGGUUAAAGUGUGUAAGGGGAGUUAGCGCGCACACACACCACAAAAAAAGAGAGAAAUCCAGCCUUUCUUCCAGACUCGAAUGGACUCAUUGGGUGGGAGCAGCCGGAGAGACAAGAGUCCCCAGCAAAUCAGCGGCUAAUUGAUUAAAGAGACUUCAUUUGAAUAGGGGGGGCUGGCGAGGUGCCAAUCGCUUUUCACAUUCAUCCACCCAUCCCUCCCUCUCUCUCUCUCUCUCUCUCUCUCUCUCUCUCUCUCUCCUCUCUCUCCCCCUCUCUCUCUCUUUUCUCCCCUCUCUCGCCGUAUGAUUAAUUGUAAGGCAUUAUUGAUAAUCAUAACGGGACACAUGCGCGCUGAAUGGACUGGGUGGCCGUGAUUUCUGGGAAGUUUUUUGGAGCGAUUGCUUUUUGAGUGCUGCGCGGCCCAUGCUCGAGUCAGCAUGUCGCGGAGAAAGCAAGCGAAGCCGCAGCAUAUCCAGUCCGAACCGCAGCCGGCCGGCCAGGAGCACGAUGGGGAAGCAGAGCCCAGGCUGGACGACCCCCCUUGCAAGGACCCGGGUGCCCACAUCUGUGGCAGAUGCUGCGCCGAGUUCUUUGAACCGUCGGAUCUCGAGGACCACCGGAAGAGCUGCGCGAAGAAUCAAUUGGUUCUGUUCGUGAACGAAAAUCCCGUGUCUCCUUCCGGGACCUUCUCCCCGGGUUCGUCUCCCCGUAAUCCCGACGAGAACAGGAACGAGGCGAAUAACGGCGCCGAUCAGGAGGAGUGCGUCGACCUGUUAGACCACGAGUCACUGGAUAAAGAAGAGGAGGAAGAAGGCGAAGUGGAGGAAGAAGACAUGGACGUGGAUAUGUCUGCCGCCCAGGAUGAAGGAAUUGUGCACGUUGGAGGAAGGAGUCCCGUCGACGGGAGCAGUGAAGGAAGUCCUGACGGCAGAGGUAGUACUGGAUCCAAUCUGGGCAGCUCCACUAUCUCAGCCUCACUACCUCAACUGGGUAAUCUGGCCGAGCUGGGACGCUUCUCCGUGAUGAAUAGUAACGUUAUCAUUGAAAACCUCCGGAGCACCAAAGUGGCCGUGGCCCAGUUCUCUCAGGAGACGAGAUCAGCGGGAGGCCAAAGGAUUGCAGUUCCUGCUCUCAUGGAGCAACUUUUAGCCCUACAACAGCAGCAGAUUCACCAGCUGCAGCUGAUCGAGCAGAUUCGUCACCAAAUUCUCCUGCUGGCAUCCCAGUCACCCGAGCUCCAGGUACCACCCACUUCCUCCCCCAGGACCCUGGCAUCAUCCACCAACCCACUUACAACACUAAGCUCCCACUUGUCCCAGCAGUUGGCUGUUGCGGCGGGGCUAGCGCAGAGCCUGGCCAGCCAGUCUGCCAGCAUCAGCACCCUGAAACAGAUAGCCAGUGCUGCACAGCUACCUCAAAUCAACUCCAACAUGAGAGAGCCAUCUCAGAGUCUGGGAACACUGGGGGCAGCUGUGGUGAACACCCAGACGUCCGAGACGAGAGCCGGAUACGCCGGAGGUCUGCACUCGCAGCUAGGGAACCCGUCGCUGGCGAAACCGUCUACGCCAGCCUUCGGGAUCGGAAGCCUGCUGAACCCUGUGGCUAACUCACUUCUACCUCAGCCUCCACCGGGUAACCCCAUGUUCUCCAGCGCUCUACCUAGCAUUGGAACCACCGUAGAGGAUCUCAACUCACUCUCCGCGCUGGCCCAGCAGAGAAAAGGCAAGCCGCCCAACGUGACUUCCUUCGAGCCCAAGAGCAGCUCGGAGGAGGCGUUUUUCAAACACAAGUGCAGGUUUUGUGCCAAGGUGUUUGGGAGCGACAGUGCCUUGCAGAUCCACUUACGCUCGCAUACGGGAGAGAGGCCGUACAAAUGCAACAUCUGUGGCAACCGCUUUUCGACUCGCGGCAACUUAAAGGUUCACUUCCAGCGUCAUAAAGAGAAGUACCCUCACAUUCAAAUGAACCCUUACCCAGUACCGGAGCAUUUAGACAACAUCCCAACAGGCACUGGUAUUCCGUAUGGCAUGUCGAUGACGCCGGAGAAGCCGGUCACCACCUGGUUAGAUAGUAAGCCCGUCCUGUCCACUCUAAGCUCGUCGGUCGGCAUGUUGCUCCCGCCGACGAUGUCCAGCCUCCCGCCGUUUAUUAAAAAGGAGGAGAAUUAUUCGGUGGCAAUCACGAGCCCCUCCCACUCUAGUAAGAGCGACUCAGGUCCGGUCGAGCCUUCCACGAAAAGCAGCGACGGUGCGUCAGAAGAGGGCGACUUCGCAACUUUGCCUACCUCAAACGGGAAAACUGAAGAAAGCAUUCAGCCCCCCGCCUUCAUAAUGAACACGAGCUCUUCGGGUGGGAGUAAGAUCGAGUACACGACCUCCAACAGCCCUCCCAUGGCCACCAACCCACUGAUGCCGCUGAUGACCGAGCAGUUUAAGGCCAAGUUUCCGUUCGGAGGCCUCCUGGAUCCUCUGCAGGGUUCGGAAACAUCCAAACUGCAGCAGCUGGUGGAGAACAUCGACAGGAAAGUGACCGAUCCUAACGAGUGUGUGAUCUGCCAUCGUGUUCUCAGCUGCCAUAGUGCGCUGAAGAUGCACUAUCGUACCCAUACCGGAGAACGGCCCUACAAGUGCAAGGUCUGCGGCCGUGCCUUCACUACUAAAGGAAACCUGAAGACCCAUUACAGCAUCCACCGUGCCAUGCCACCACUGAGGGUGCAGCACUCUUGCCCGAUCUGCCAGAAGAAAUUCACCAACGCUGUCGUCCUGCAGCAACACAUCCGUAUGCACAUGGGUGGCCAGAUCCCCAACACCCCUCUCCCUGACAGCUACCCAGAGUCCAUGGGCUCCGACGCUGGCUCGUUCGAUGAGAGAAACUUUGAUGAUCUGGAUUUCUCAGACGAUAACAUGGAUGGAAUGGAAGACGGUCCGGAUAGCAGCGUUCCAGACACGCCGAAAUCUGCCGACGCCUCCCAGGACAGUCUGUGCUCGUCACCAACACCGCAGGAACACUCAGCAGUCGACCAUCAGGAUAAAAACGUGUCGUCCCAAGCACUGGUCGAGGAUUCCCAGCUGAGCAGAGCUAAAGCAAUCGAAAACGGCUUCAUCGAAGGCGAUCACUUUACUAACGAUUCGUCCUCGCCGGAAGGUGACAUCGAGAGUGCCGGAAGUCCAGCCGUCUCCGAAUCUACCUCCUCCAUGCAGGCUCCGUCGCCCACCGGCGGCGCCCCGCAACAGCGCAAAUCGCCCAGUCUGGAGGAACGUCAGCAGAGGGCGCUAUCACUGGAGCACAUAAGUGCUUGUCUCAUGCAGACCCAUUCCUCAGGUCUAGGAGCUCUCGACCUGACCUCCAUGAACCCCUCGAAAGACCCUCUGGGCAUGCUCUUCCCCUUCCGUGACCGAGGCGCCACCAGAAACACGUCGUGCGACAUCUGCGGGAAGACGUUCGCCUGUCAGAGUGCCUUGGACAUCCAUUACCGAAGCCAUACCAAAGAAAGGCCGUUCAUUUGCACAGCCUGCAACCGCGGCUUCUCCACCAAGGGUAAUCUCAAGCAACACGUGUUGACCCACCAGAUGAGAGACCUGCCCUCUCAGCUCUUUGAGCCCAGCACCAGCAUGGCGUCCAGUCCCACACCGUCCCUUCUCUCGGUCGGCUCCUUACCCGCCAUAAUCAAGAUGGAAAACAGUUUCCUCCAGAGCUCCCAACACGAGAGUAAAGACUUCCCAUCCAGCCUGGUCACCUCCUCGGCUUCUACGUCUCCCGUGCUGUCGGGCGCGCCUCUGAGACGGACGCCCAAGCAGCACUAUUGCAACACGUGUGGGAAGACGUUCUCCUCUUCCAGCGCACUGCAGAUCCACGAGAGGACCCACACCGGGGAGAAACCCUUCGCCUGCACCAUCUGCGGGCGAGCCUUCACCACCAAAGGCAAUCUCAAGGUGCACAUGGGUACUCAUAUGUGGAACAGCGCCCCGGCCCGGCGAGGCCGCAGACUCUCCGUGGACGGCCCCAUGGCCUUCCUGGGCACCAACCCGGUCAAGUUCCCGGAGCUCUUCCAGAAAGACUUGUACAGCAGAGCAGGGAACGGAGACCCGGCCAGCUUCUGGAACCAGUACGCCGCCGCCUUCUCUAACGGCCUGGCCAUGAAGACCAACGAGAUAUCCGUGAUCCAGAACGGGGGCUUGCCGCCGGCCCUGUCCGGGAGCGUGGGGAACGGGGGCAGCUCGCCCAUCGGCGGGCUGACGGGCCGCAUGGACAGGCUCCACAGCUCCGAACCCAACGCGGCACUGGCCGGGCUGGAGAAGAUGGCCGGCGUGGAGAACGGCACGCACUUCCGCUUCACUCGUUUCAUAGAGGACAACAAGGAGAUCGUUACUAACUAGAAGACGACUUUGCGGACGCGAACACUUCAUGGACGUGUACCGAGACACGCACAAAAGAGGACGAACACGGCCUCUCGCUCGGCUUUCAGGCCGCCGUUACGGGGAGGACUGGCUUUUUUUGUACAAUGUACAACAUGUUAAAGUUUUACAAAAGCUUAUUUAUUAGUGAUUAUAACCUUGCUUGAAAAAUCCAAGUGGAAACAUUAACAGGUAUUUAGUUUUCUUUCGUUUAUUUGGGUUCUAUCAGCAGAACGGAGCUGCGUGACGGUGUAAAAGUGUGCUCUUUGGAACUUUUAGCGUUUCUGAAUAGAUCAUUUACGUUGGUAUUAAAUUAUUUCUAUUUGUAGCGUGUAUAACAAUAAGUUGUGAUGCGUUAGAGCUUGAAUAAGCGGAAACAAACAAAACGACUGUAUAUACUGUACACUGAUCUGUGCUAGAUGGUUUACCAGCUGUGUAUUAACUUCAUUCCUCAUUAAAAAUAGCUUAUUAUUAUUAUUA